AUGUUAUCUUUAAAACGGGAGCUUAUUGGUCAGCAAGCUAUGGUUACAAAACCUAUUCAAGAUUCAGAAACAGCUACAGAAGUUAGUUAUGAAAUUUCUCGAAUGAUAGCAAAGCGAAGUCGCCCCUUCAAUGAUGGGGAUUUUGUAAAAGAAUGCAUAGAAAUUGCCGCUAAGAAAAUGUGUCCAGAAGCAGCAAAAGAGUUUGAGAAAAUUCAACUGAAUCGUAUGACUAUCCAAAGACGAAUUAUAUCUUUGUCAGCACUCGACGAAUCCACUGAUAUUAGUUCCACAGCUCAACUUCUGAUAUUCAUACGAGGGGUUACUCAAGAUUUUGAAGUCUUAGAAGAGUUAUUAGGAAUGUGUUCAUUGAAAGGUCAAACCAGAGGAGUUGAUAUACUCAAUGUACUUUUGGAUGAGUGUUCAAGAACUGAUUUGGACUUAUCAAAAUUAUCGGGAGUUGCGACUGACGGUGCUCCUUCGAUGAUUGGUGUCAAUUCUGGGCUAGUUACUUUGCUGAAAAAGCAUCUGCAAGAAAAAAACAUAAACGCUGAAGAUCUCAUGAAGUUUCACUGCAUUAUACACCAAGAAGCCCUCUGUUCUAAAAAAAUUGAAUUUCAAAAUAUCAUGAAAGUGGUAGUUUAG